GAGAUGCGGUCUUUAUGGCUGCAGACGCUUAUUAAAGAUGUUCCUGUGCCUGUCAAGUAUUUAGACGGCGAAAUAUACAGCGAAUGGAGAAGACUCAAAGGAGGGGGUGUCUGUAAUCAGCUGAUUGCUGUAAUGCGCGUGCCUGUCUGUACGUUUGUCUUUUCUCAGCGCCGGCAGUUUGGGACUUACACUUUAUUUGAUCCUCAAUAGUUCAUUUUUACAUAUCUAAUGGACCGAGGUGGAGAUGCGUUAUCACAGAGAUAACUAAGUGAGAAAAUAAAUUUUCCUGGAUUUAAAAAUAAAAUGGUAUUACACAGAGGAUGAUGAAUGAUUGCACAAUAUUAGAGUGAGAUAAAUUUACGUAUUAUAUAAUAUUUUGGAAUAUCUCGUUGUUCUGGAACCACUUGUUAUCUUGUCCUACCAAUACUCUAUGCGGUGUAUCGGUUCUAAAUCAGUGAAUGAAAAAAACUCAUAUGGAAUGUAGAGAAAAUUAGGAUGCGCGGUAUUUUACCUACAUAUUUUACCUGCUAGCUGAGAAGAGGGAAACCGGGUGUCUCUUCAUCCGAAAAUUAACAUCUAUAGGAGAACUCAAACAAGAGGGAGUCGAGAACCGAAAGAGAGAGAGACAAGACACGACAAUUUUACGGUGUAAUGUCCCCCAAUACUAGGGGGAUAAAAAACAGUUACAGAGGUCUCACAUUUGGGAUACAGGGAUCAGAGACAUGUUUUAUGUAAAGGAAUCCGACCAAAUUUUCCAGUUGGAACAGGCAUGGGACCAUUCGGUUACGGAUACUUUAUACGAAGACUCAUCGCAACUCUAGGCCUACUCCUUAUAACAUGCGAUUGUGUGGAUUCCACUAGAGAUGUUCUGGACCUUAUUUCGAACCUUCAGAGUCGCACUGGAUUUACAAACAUCACGGGGCAAAAUAAUCUCACAUCAGCCAUUUAUUUGCAAGAUUCCAGUAGGAAUGUAGCAGUUUCAGAUAACUUGUUGAGGAAAGCUUUAAGGAUUUUUAAAGACAAUAGUGAAUUAACUUUUUUAGCAACCAUGAAGCAGGAAAUAGGAAACUCUGGUAGCAUUUUAGCUUUUUCUUCAGAUAUUUACAGGUUUUUUGAGAUUGAAAGUAGUGGCCAACAAGAUGAAAUUCGUGUGCACUACAGACAUGACCAACACCAUUAUGUUUUAACAUUCCCAUACAGACUAGCUGACAAUAGGUGGCACAAACUGGCUGUGACCUUGACAGCCAAUCAUGUGACCAUAUUUGUGGACUGUUUGAAAAUUUACGAACAUGACAUUCAAAUCGUGGAUCGUGUUCCACCAUCGUCAAAUAUUCAGUUAUUUGUGGGUCAGCGAAACAGGCAACAUGCAUUAUUUAGGGGGGGAUUACAAGAUGUACAAAUAGUCACACAAGCUCAUGGAUAUGUUUUACAAUGUCCAAAUCAAGAAACAGAUUGCCCAACAUGUUCACAGUAUCAAGCAUUAGAAGAACAGCUCCAGAGAGCAGAGAAGAGGAUCAAAGAACUAGAGCAGUGUGAAUGUCAUAAAGGUUGUCGCUACAAUGGGACGUCCAAAAAGGAGGGGGAGGUUUGGCACCCUGACCAGUGCACGCUCUGUGACUGUAAGAAUGGGACUGUACAGUGUAGGAAGACUGACUGCCUCCCUGCCCCCUGUGAUCACCCUGUAUACAUAGAAGGAAAGUGCUGCCCUCUAUGUAUGACCAACUGUUACUUCGAUGGAAAGUAUUACCAUCAUGGAGAGAGUGUCAGUCCAAAAUUGUGUGUCACCUGCACAUGUAAUGAUGGCAAUAUGGAGUGCGAGAAGAUGGACCUAGAGGUUAGCUGUCCCAAUCUGAAUUGUCCUGAAGAGAAAAGACUGCACAUCGAGGGGGAGUGCUGCCCAGUUUGUAAGGGUACAGAUUUCUGUGGCCUUGGCAACAAUUGCCACUCAAAUGCAUCCUGCAUUAACUUGUCAACCAGGUUUGCCUGUCAGUGUUUACCGGGAUACCGUGGUGAUGGUGUCCAUUGUGAAGAUGUUGAUGAAUGCCUAACAAAAGGAGGAAAAUAUGGUCACCAUUGUAAUGGUCAAACCAUUUGUGAAAACACAGUGGGGUCAUACUUAUGCAAGUGUCCCUCUGGUCAUAUUCCAGAGGAUCCUUAUAACUGUACAAGUUCAGGCUACGAUUUUUCUAAUUCAGCCCCAGGAAGGGAAAGUGAUGGAACUUUGCUAAUGACAUUCUGUUCCCUAAUCCUGGUGAUUUUGUGGGUUUCUGGUGUCAGAUAAUGGUGCAAUCUGCCAUUAGAUUAAAACGUUGUUAUGACCAUGAUUCUGAGUAUGAGCAGCCAUCUUUCUUGGUUGGUUGCGCAGAGUGUUCAUGUGAAUACGAAAUGUUCCAUCAAGAAAAAUUCCAUUUUUUAAGCCUAUAAAACAGUUGAUUUUGAUUUAAUUAAAUGCAGAAGUGAAAGCCUUUUGUUACUUUGUGAUUUUUCUUGCUUGAUAGCUAGAAAAUGUGGCU